AUGGGUUCAAAUAGAGAUACACAGAAGGGACAGUCAGCCACCAGCCGCCGCCGACUGAACAGUGAGCUAGGUCCUGCAUUGCUAGUUGAUGUUCCGAGAGACAAGAACUUAACUGCCGAUGUUAUGCAAUCCUUACAUAUCCCCAAGGGAGUCAAACGAGUACUUUUCAGGACACUAAACACUGACAGAUCUAUUUGUAUCUUCUUUAGUUUACUGUCAUACCAUGAUCAAGUUGUUACUGGUAUGGAAAUUAUUCUUGUAGAAGGGCUGAAGCUGGAUGAUAUAGAAGCUGGCAUAUACACCGUACACUGUCUGCCCUUAAGGUUGCUUGGUGCGGAGGGAUCGCCUAUUAGAUGUAUACUGAUUAAGUAAUACUGUCCUCGUCUCCGCCUCAACCAUAAGGAAGCACUGGAGAUAGCGUUGAAUAAGAAAAAGUGCUGCAAGGGAGGACAUAUUCUCAGAGUAGUUUAGGCUGUAAUAUUACUAGCUUUUAGGCUGAAAACACAUAGCAUGAGCAAAUAAUAUGUAGAUGUCAUGGUAUGUCUUAGAUCAGAGUUAUUUUUGUCUUAAGGUGCAAAUGAUUACGGUCAUCAUAUUGCUUUCUACCUUUCCAUCCUUAUCCUACUACUGAGGAGUCUUGCUAUUUUUAUCUCCACCCAAUAGUUACGAAUAAAUUCACUUUGAGAGGUAAAAAAUUAUUCUCGAGCGAGAAAAGACAAUUUUUCUUGAGUUUUAUGCUAUUUGAAUGAAAGCUUAAAUUGUGGCCUGUGGUGAAAUCUUAAAGGGUUAACAUUCAAUUAUAUCAAAUCUUUCCUCUUC